AUGGAGGUCAAACCGGUUGACACAGUCAUUGUCGUAUUGACCCGUGGGGAAAAAUGGCUGCCCUUUCAGCCUAUCCUCUGUACGGAGCAAUGCUCGCUCCCAUUCGAGACCACACAAGGCGGUCGGACAAACGCCAUGUCUUCAGCGGGAUUGGCCGUUCAGAAACUAUUUUCAGUAACAACUUUGUACCUCGUACUCCGUAUUAUUGGCCAGAAACGAGACACCAUGGGCGGAUCGCACUGUGGCUCUGCAGCCUUCCUCUUCGUUUUCCUACCCACAUCACCAAGGCGCCUCGGCCUUGCCUCCGUCGUCGGGCUCGCUCCCUGCUGUAUUCCGCUCGCCGCCCGAGAAGUGGAAAAUGAUGCCAAGACCGGUUAA